CACCAGAGGUUCAUUGCCUUUGGCCUUAUUUCAAAUGGCUGAUGCACGGUGGGUUUCCUCUCGUGCCAUCGCUUUUCUUGAGCUCCAGCGUGAGGGGGGAUUUGUUGCCCACUGGGAAUUGUCACGUGGAGAACUACCGCGGAGGGUACGCUGGGGGUUUAGUUAUUAUUGGGGGUAAUAAGUGGUAUUGGAUAUAUCAUUAAACCCACGGAGCGAGGAUCGUAAUCGUGAGAUAGAUUUUACUUCCGUGGGAUGGUUUUCGAGGGAUGUCUCGAAAGCGAAGUCUCAUGAAUUCAUCAGAGAUUAUAGACGAUGGGGAGAAUUGUAUACAGAAGUUGUUGUGGCGUCUUCGUCACGAGGAUGCGACACAGUACAACACCCUGGUCAAGAUGCACUUGUCCUUCGCCACAGAUCUUCCCACAGACCA